AUGGCUACACUGGGGCGGUCUCUCAAGUCACCCGUUUACCUGUCCCGCGCAAGCAGCAGCAGCAACGGCAGCCGGCGGCCCGCCCUCGCAGCUAGAACCUUUUCCCACUCGUCGGACAUUUCGGCGGCUUCGGCCAACUCGUGGGCAGAUGAUCACCUUGACAUCGGGGUCAUGUCCGGCCUGAACACACCUGCUUUGGAGAAGACGGUUACGGAAAGUCUGGCCAUCAAAGAGUCCAGGCCGCCGCAGAAGGAGGUGAAAGGUCAUUCGCAAGGCAAGUCGGAUAUCUCUCUAUCUCUGUCUCUGUGCGUCUCCAUCCUCCAUCUGUCCUUUGGUGUCAAUACCCAACGGCCAAGUCACACCAACCUGUCGUUCGCUACCGCAUGGCCUUGCACGUUUGGGGAAAAGCAUGACACUCGGCUGGCACUACGAAGGACAGCAGCCUCCAUCAUGCGCCCCACCUCACGAACCAGCGCCCGGCCGGAGCGGGUUCAAGCGAAGCCGGUUCUCCAUACCUCUGCGGCUUCGGCUUUCGACCUCAAUCUCAACGCCAUCGAAUCCUCAUCUCUCCAAUCUGCAAGAUCAGCCAGAUCCAACCACAGCAAUCCAAUCACCAUUGAACUCCCGGCUGUUCGGAAGUUCAAGUCAGGCGCUCCUCAGACACCACCGGAACCUUUAUCCGCACGUGGAGACGUUCCUGGUGGUUACUUCCCUCUUCACGAAGACUCAACCGCUCGAAUUCAUCGUCCUCACCCUUUCGCCGGAGCCAGGAAAGCUCGACAGCAACGAAUUGAUCCCGCCAUUGAGCCCCUUGUCCUACCUGCUGCAGCUGGUACCUCAAAUCUGCCCGCCAUGACCGAACCCACGAGCUUGCUCGCCGGCAAGUCAAACGAGCCACGAUCCAACCUGCCUGUCGCAUCCUAUUUGCCCAGCGGUGUUCGCGAUACCACUUUGCCCAUGGGCAAAUAUUAUCCUUCCAACUACGAGAUGCGCAACCACCCGCCCCAUCCAACGACGUCUAUGGAGCCGACACCGGUGCAGCCUCGGCCUGUCGGAGUUGCCGGGCUAUCGUCGUCUGUCAAGUCCGAAUCUCAAGUUCCUACCCUGCCCAACGAAAAUUUCCAAACGAGUCGCCAAGAUUCAGACGUCCGCAGGAAGCUCGCGCAGUACCAGCGAGACAUGAUUGCCCAAGCUAGGCUUGCCGCCACGGAGCUCCUGGGCAGCUCAGCCAAGACCACGACUACACCACAACCGACGACGGCAACGGCGACCGUCAUGCUCAAUGGCUUUCCCCUUGCCGGUAUACGCCACUUUGCAGCCUCUGGUGGAGGCAAGCCGCUCUCGCCGAGACUUCUUCCUCUAGGCAGCCCUGGUCCUGUUACUCCAAUGGACCUUGAAGGCGGUGAACUGGGAUCCGUCGACCGUGGAUGCGGCUCCUCUACUUUUGGUGAUAUCAUGGGCCGGUCGGGGGCCUCAUCCCCAGCGGUUGAAGCCGGCGCCGGUCGCUUUUUUUGA